AUGUCAACUCAAGUAUCACAAAGUCUUGCGCAAGGCGUUGCCCAAGCACCUGCCCCAUUUUCGAGACUUCCUAUUGAGAUUAGUACAAAGAUUUUCAAGUACACUUUACCAGGUCCUCGGAUCAUCACCAUCGAUGUUAAAAUUUGUCAGAUGGAAGAUUCUGAAAUCAAGGAUGACCUUGCUCUGGAACUAGAAUCAGCCCAGAAAGCCUGGGAAAAGAAGCGGGAAGACAAACAUUUUAGAGAAAAGCAGGGACUCCAUGAUCCGAAAGAUCACCACAUGAUCUUGGAGAUUGAGAGGGCUGUUGCCAUUCAGAAAAUUCCAGUGUUGUUACAUACUUGUUCAUUAUCAAGAAAAGUAGCUUUGAGCCAUUAUCAAUUUUUGAGCCGAGGCCCAAAAUUGUCAGUUUGCAUCGAUUUCAACGCUGAUACUCUUCACUUUCAAAGCCGUCGUGCGUGGGAACUCUUUGCGCAAAAACCGGGAGAAUUAAACGGUAGACUACUCCGUUCCACUAUGAUCGCCUCAAAUAGCAAGUGGGGAUACAAAGAUGGAGAUCGAUACAAUAUAAACUACAAUCUGUUUUUGAACGAUCUCUUUGAAACAAGAUACAGUAAAGAGAGAGAUGACAUCAGCUUAGAAACCGCUUGUAUCGACGAAAUGGCCGAGAAAGUCAAGUUCCUAGCCCUUGGUGGAGGAUUGGCUCGGUCCUGGAGCCCAGCAUGGAAGAUGUUAUUAGUAAACUUUUGGAAGGUCAAAAAAAUAUGGUGGAGAUUGUUGGAGUAUAGGCCUGAUGAUCAUAUCGAAGAUGAUUUGAAACAAGAGUGGAGAAAACUAGCUGCAGGUAUUGACAAUGAAGAAGAGUGGCUUGCCAGAAAGGAAGAGUUCACCCACAUUACAAUACCAAAAACUCAAUAUGUCAGCCUCGAAGAUAUACAGGCCAAGCAGAGACUCGGCGAAGGAUUCGAUAUCGAGUAG